AUGAGCAACGUCGAGAAAGAGCCUGGUCCCCAACCACCCUCUCCUGCGCCAGACAGCGCAGAGCCAGAGAAACGCAAAAGAGAGUACAAGGAUUUCGGCCAUGAGGAAGAGGGCCCUACCCGCGCUCUCGUCGAUAUGGACACUAUCGAACUCAAGGCCGAGGAUCUCUACGACAAGGAAAAGGUAGACUUGGAGACUAUCGUCAUCGACGACGUCUUCAAGCUCCUCCAGUGCGACGAGAACGGUCUCUCAGAGGAGGAGGCCGCCCGCCGUCUCGAGCUCUUUGGUCCCAACAAGUUGGAGGUGGAUGAGCAGAAUCCUUUCCUCCAAUUCUUGUCCUUCAUGUGGAAUCCCCUCUCCUGGGUCAUGGAAGCUGCUGCCCUCGUCGCUAUCGUCCUCUCCAACGGACAGGGCCAACCUCCUGACUGGCCCGAUUUUGUCGGUAUCGUCCUCCUGCUUUUCAUCAACUCUGCUAUCGGUUUCUAUGAGGAACGCAACGCCGGAAACGCUGUCAAAGCCCUCAUGGACUCCCUCGCCCCCAAGGCCAAGGUCAAGCGUGCUGGCAACUGGUCAGAAAUCGAGUCGGCUACUCUUGUCCCCGGUGACAUGAUCUCUUUCAAAAUUGGAGACAUCGUCCCCGCCGACUGCCGUCUUACUGAAGCUAUCAACGUUUCUAUCGACCAGGCUGCCCUCACCGGUGAAUCUCUCCCCCAGUCCAAGAAGAACGGCGAUCAGUGCUUCUCGGGUUCUACCUGCAAGCAGGGUGAAGCCGAGGGUGUUGUUAUCUCCACUGGCUCCAACACUUUCUUCGGUCGCGCUGCCUCCCUCGUCGGACAGGACGAUGACACCACUGGUCACUUGCAGAAGAUUCUCGCCCAGAUUGGCUCCUUCUGCCUUAUCACCAUCGGUAUCUUCGUUCUCGCUGAAAUUUUCACCCUCUACGCCGGUUUCCGCUACAGCUACCGCCGCGGUCUCGACAACAUCCUUGUCCUCCUCAUAGGUGGUAUCCCCAUUGCCAUGCCCACUGUCUUGUCUGUCACCCUCGCCGUCGGUGCCCAGCAGCUCGCCAAGUACAAGGCUAUCGUUACCCGUAUCACCGCUAUUGAGGAGUUGGCUGGUGUCACCAUUCUGUGCUCUGACAAGACCGGUACUUUGACCACCAACAAGCUCACCAUCGACCGCAACACCAUCCAGACCUAUGGCCCCUUCUCCGCCGAGGACGUCAUCCUCCUCGCCGCCUACGCUUCGCGCACGGAGAACCAGGACGCCAUCGACGCUUCCGUCGUCCAGGCUAUUGGUGAUCCCUCGCGCGCCCGUGCUGGCAUCAAGCUCCUCGACUUCAAGCCUUUCAACCCCGUUGACAAGCGCACGGAGAUCACUUACCGCGAGGAGGCCACUGGCAAGCUCAAGCGUGUCACCAAGGGUAUGACCGGUAUCAUCAUCGAACUCUGCUCGCGCAACAAGACCGAGGAGAUCGAGAACCGUCUCGAGAAGGACGUCGAGGAGUACGCCGCCCGUGGUCUGCGUGCGCUCGCUGUUGCUUAUGAGGAGGUUGACGGCGACGACUUUGAGGCUGAGGGUAACGGAUUUGAACUCAUCGGUCUUCUGGCCAUCUACGAUCCUCCCCGUGACGACACCAAGCAGACUAUCGACGAUGCUCUCGCCCUCGGUGUUAAAGUCAAGAUGGUCACUGGUGAUCAGCUGGCUAUUGCAAAGGAGACUGGCCGUCGUCUUGGACUCGGCGACCACAUGUACCCCGCCAAGGUUCUCAAGGACGGCCCCGCCCCCGGAAGCAAGCACGGUUCGCUCGACGAGAUGAUCAUGGACGCCGACGGUUUCGCUGGAGUCUUCCCCGAGCACAAGUACGAGAUCGUCAAGCGUCUCCAGGGUCUCGGACAUCUCUGCGCUAUGACUGGUGACGGUGCGAACGACGCCCCUGCCUUGUCCCGCGCCAACGUCGGUAUCGCUGUCGAGGGUGCCACGGACGCUGCCCGUGGUGCUGCUGACAUUGUCUUGACGGAACCCGGUCUGUCCACCAUCGUCCACGCCAUCCGCCAGUCCCGUGUCAUCUUCCAACGUAUGCGCAACUACUCCAUCUACGCUUGUGCUGUUACCAUCCGUAUUGUCGUGUGCUUUGCCAUUUUGGCGUUCACGUACAAGUUUGACUUCCCGCCGUUUAUGAUUCUGAUUAUUGCGCUGUUGAACGAUGGUACUAUCAUGACUCUCUCUGUUGACCGUGUGUUGCCCUCUAUGACACCGGACAGUUGGGAUCUUGCGGAGAUUUUCAGUUAUGCUGUUGCUUAUGGUAUCUACUUGACUGCCUCUACCGUUGCCCUCGUCUGCAUCAUCAAGGAGACCACUUUCUUCCAGGACACCUUCGGCGUGCGCCUCGACACCGACUUCCCCAUCGCCUCCAACGACCCUCAACUGCACAUGGUUAUCUACCUCCAGGUCGCCAUCAUCUCGCAGGCGCUCAUCUUCGUCACCCGUUCCCACUCGUUCUUCUUCAUGGAGCGCCCUUCGACUGCGCUCAUGGUCGCGUUCUGCAUUGCCCAGCUGAUCUCGUCGAUCAUUGCUGCCUACGGUGACUGGGGAUUCACUAAGAUUAGGGCUAUCAGCGGUGGAUGGAUCGGUAUUGUCUGGGUCUGGAACAUUGUGUGGUUCAUCCCUCUCGACUGGAUCAAGUUCGCGAUGAAGGCGACCGUCAUCAAACGCUUGCGCCAGCGCCACGAGGCCAAGGUCGCACAGGAGGCGCAGACAGGUGUACCCAUGACCCGCACCCAAUCCCGCGCAGCGUCGAUCCACGAGAGUCUGUACUCGAACCGUGUGUCGUUCAUCAAGCGCGCGGCGCGCAAGGUCGGCUUUGGACAGAAGAUCUCGAUGAAGCCCGAGGAGCUCCAGCGAUUCAGCAGUAUCCAGGCGCAGAGGGUCGGUGCGACGCUCGCGAGAAACCCGAGUCGGACUGCUGCGUGA